GCAGCUCACAUGCAGCAGAUGUCACAGCGGGCGGACUACAGAGCAGGGGAAACUUGCAAAAUUGCACCGAGAAGAGGAGGCCAAUCGCUGUGUGACGGGUGAUACCAGUCUGCGGAGACAUCCAGGGGCGAAAGAGAGAGGUUUCUCCACCUAAAAAAGAGGAAGGGAGACGAGCAGAGAAGCGACAGCCGGACCGGCGCCUCCUGGACCCAUUAUGGAAAAUAACUGGAUUCUUUUCUUCAUCCUCCUUCCUUUGACGUUAUGUGGAUCCCAGACAGUUGUCUCGGCUGUGACCCCUACACCUGUGUCAACUGAAACAUUAGAGGAGACCACAGAAGAACCACCCAGCCAUGUUCCUAACACCAUUCCCUCCAAAACAGAUGCUAAAAAUAGGCCGGUAGCCCAAACACUUGGGGGUCCUCCGAGCAUGGACCCAGGAGAAAACGAGAGCACGAGCACUCCCCUUAGCUUUAUCCAGGUCAGAGACAACUUCACUGAUGACGGUCUGUCCUCCAACACCAGCCUCGCUACAACCUCAGAAGACCCGGCUGCCACCGGUCAUCCCGAUGAAAAAAUGACCACCAAUAUGUCUUCUCCAUCUUCCCACCACCCAAGCUAUACGUCAACCACCACCAGAGACCAGACCAAAGACUUUGACAUUUCCAAGGAUCUGGAAGGAGAAGGGACGACCGUUGUAGGCCACAGCACCUCUCCUUCCGGGAAAAACCCCGGCAAAGCUAAGCUUGGCUACGUAGUCUUGGCAGUAAUCCUACUCCUGGCCCUGCUGUUUCUCGUUAUGGUCGUAAUGCUGGUGAGAAAGAAGAGGCGCAGCGGAUCUCGGAACUUCAGCAAGAGGAGUCGUAAGGCCAAUGAGAAAAAUGUAUGGGUUGGACAGGUGCCCGAGCUGGCAGAGGGAGGACCAAACAUGGGGAACGGCGCCAUGGAAAAUGGGAGUUUUGUGGCCGUGACUUUGAUGGACGGAGACCAGGAGAUGACCACGUUUGGUGAGAAGGGAGAUAAGGUGGAAGAGAUGGAUGAGCUGGAGGCAGGAGAGAAGGAACCGGCAGAUGAGAAGGAAGGGAAAGGGAAGUCUGGGGCUUCAGAGGAAAAGAAACCACUGCUGGAGGAGGACUCUGAUGGGGCAACAGACCCAGGGGCAACAGAGGAGCAGUUCCCCCUCCCUCCUCCAGAACAGGAAUUAACGGGAAAUGGUGGUGAGACCCUCUAGUAGAGCAGAUAACCAGAGACUUCUGAUGGGGACCUCCCAAAAUGGGGGGGGGUAAAUACCCCAGUCCACCCAAAAUACAGGGCAGUAAUCUGUUAACACUCUGUAAAUGCCCCGUCCACCCAAAUUACAGGGCCAUAAUCCCAAUACCACUCUGUAAAUGCCCCGUCCACCCAAAAUACAGGGCAGUAAUCUGUUAACACUCUGUAAAUGCCCCCGUCCACCAAAAAUACAGGUAAGCGAUGCCCCUGCCACUCUGUGUAAUCAUCAUACAUGUGGACGGUUCCUUAUCUCUGUAACAAAGCAGCGUAGAGAUACUCGGCAUUCAUAUAUAGCGCAUUUAUUCACGCUUCACCACGCUUCAAGAACCUCCAUGG